AUGGGUACAAUCACCUCGUCGCAAAAUGAUAAAACCGUUUUAACAUCAAAACAAACUGCAAUGCUACGAGCAAACACACGUUUUACAGAACAACAGAUAAAAGAUUGGCAUGCAGGAUUUCUCCGUGACUGUCCAGAUGGUAAACUUAGCAAAGAUCGAUUUAUGAGCGUAUAUGAACAAUUCUAUCCAGGAGGAAAGGCAAAAGAGUUUUGUAAAUACGCUUUUGCGACAUUCGAUCGUGAUAAUAAUGGCACAAUCGACUUCAUCGAAUUUAUGUUAGCUAUUGCUCUCACACAGACGGGUGAUUUAGAACAAAGACUUACAUUAGCAUUCGAUAUGUAUGAUAUCAACGGAAGUGGUUCUAUUGAUAAAUCAGAAAUGACCAGAGUGAUAUCUGCCAUGUAUGAUUUAGUUGGUGAAACCGAGCGCAAAGGCGAGAGAGAUCCAAAACAUCGUGCUUCAGAAAUAAUCAAACAGUUUGAUGUUACCGGGAACAAAAAAUUGACAAAGGAGGAAUUCAUUGCCGGCUGCAAAAAUGAUCCGGUUAUUAGACGGUUGUUAAUUCCGAACGCGUAA